GUAAAAUUACUCAUGUAAACGCAUGUACGAUUCUAUAUCUAUAUCCGUAAUAAAUAUAUGUUACGUGUUUGUUUAUUUUACGAGGUUUAUAAAAAUCCUAAUAACAGUAGAAGAAAUUUUAUUUUACGAAUAUAGAUAAUUUAAUAAAGCAACUCCAUGAUAAAUAUCUACAAACCAAUCACAAUUUUUGUUACACAAUUUAAUCACGUUAAAUCAGUAGCAAUAUAUUAUAAUUACACGAUGUAUACACGAAAUAUAAUAUUAAAGCAGCGCGAACGAAAAAAAUGAGAUUUAAACUGAUUAGAUUUAAUCUUUGUUUAUCAUAUCAUAAAGUAAUAUAACUUUUUCAAUAAAGAAAGAUGAACUCACUUAUUCGGAUAAAGGGAAGAUAGAAAAUAUAUACUUAAACGUUUUUCAAGUUGAUGAUUUAAUUAAAAAUUAAAAUCGCUAAUUUCAAGUUGUGACAUAAUUCAUUUGUUAUUGAUAAAUAAGAUCACAAGAGAAGUGAUAAAGCCAUAUAAUUCAUCAUAUUGUGCAAGCAACAAACAUGCUGUAAUUCUACAAAAGAAAAAAUGGAUUCAUUAAAGUUGAAAGUAACUGAUCCUAAUGCAAUUCUUUCAUUAAUAGAGGAAUUAUCUGAUCUAUCUUAUACAGAAGUACAAGUGAAGUUAAAUACAUACAUACAAGCAAAAACUGGUAUAGAAAUAUAUUUCCUUGCUCCUAUUUUAUAUGAAAGGAAAGAAUUAGUUAUUCAUAUGAUAGGUAAUAAAGUUUUGGAUCAUGAAUUAAGAUUACCUAUAUCAAAUAUUUUUAAUUCAAUAAUAAAUUCCCAGAAAACAAUAAUGGCUAGUUCUUCAGAAUUACCUAACGAAUUAUUACAACACAUUUAUUUAGACAAACAUUAUGUUCAAGCACCAUUUCUUCUUAUUCCUGUACAACAUCAUCAGAAACAAUUAACAGCAUUAAUUGUGUGCUUAAAUAGUUCUAAAGCUAAAAGUACUGAUAUAGACAAAUAUACGAAAGUGGUUCUGGAAUGCUUUAGAUAUUGCCUUGGAUAUAUUCUAAGUUCGUUAAAAUGUUAUGAAGAAACUCGAUUAAAAUAUCAAUGUCAAAAUAUACUUGCUAUUUCUAGAAAACUUAUUACUCAUUUAGGAGAUUUAACCGACCUCUUACAUGAAAUCAUGACAGAAGUUAAAAAACUUACUAAUGCAGAACGAUGUUCUUUAUUUCUUUUGGAAGAUGAUCAUCAAGAAUUAGUAGCAUAUGUAUUUGAUGGAAUAUCAACGAAAAAGUUUGUUAAAGAAAUGCGAAUAUCUGUCGAUAAAGGUAUAGCAGGUCAUGUUGCUACAACAGGAAAACUAUUAAAUAUCCAAGAUACCUAUAAGCAUCCAUUAUUUUAUAGAGGCAUUGAUGAAGUAACAGGCUUUAAGACUAAAAAUAUACUUUGCUUUCCUAUUUAUGAUGAAAAUGGAAUUGUUGGCGUUGCUCAACUUUGUAAUAAAAUAGAUGGCUUAUAUUUUGAUGAACUUGAUGAAGAAAUUGCAACAGCUGUUAGUAUUUAUUGUGGUAUAACAAUUAUGCACAGUAUAAUAUAUAAAAAAAUGCAAGAUGCACAAGCUAGAAAUAAAUUAAGCAAUGAAAUCAUGAUGUAUCAUAUGAAGGUUGAAGAAGAAGCUGUUUUUGAAUUGGUUAAUUAUAAAAUUAAAGAUAAUAUCACUGAUUUUAAUGAAUUUUAUUUCAGUCCUAGAGAUAUAUCUUAUGAGGACAUGCCUUGUUAUAUGAUCAACAUCUUUAAUGAUUUAAAUUUCAUUGAAUAUUUUAAAAUAAAAAUACACACGUUAGCCAGGUUUAUACUCUAUGUUAAAAAAGCUUAUAGAGAUGCAUCGUAUCAUAAUUGGAUUCAUGCAUUUUCUGUUGCACAUUUUGCUUAUUUACUAAUUAAAAAUUUAUACCUCAUUAGAGAAGGUUAUUUGACAUACUUGCAGGCUUUCGUGUUUUUAGUAUCCUGUCUAUGUCAUGAUAUAGAUCAUAGAGGAACUAACAAUGCUUUUCAAACUACAUCUGAAUCAGUUUUAGCAAGUCUUUACAGUUCAGAAGGUUCGGUUAUGGAGAGACAUCACUUUGCACAAACUAUGUGUAUUUUAAAUACAGAAGGUUGUAACAUAUUUGAAAAUUUUAAUAGUCAGGAAUAUAAAGAGGCUUUGGUUUUCCUUAAAAACAAUAUACUUGCAACUGAUUUAUCAAGGCAUUUCCUUAAUACAGAGCAACAAAAUGAAAUAUUUAGAACUGGCUAUAAAAAACAUGAUUCUGAACAUCAGAAACUUCUUUCUGGCAUGUUAAUGACUUGUUGUGACCUCAGUGAUCAAACGAAAAAUUGGACAGUUACUAAAAAAGUUGCUGAAUUAAUCUAUGAGGAGUUUUUUUCUCAAGGUGAUUUAGAAAAAAGUAUGGGUAAAACUCCAGUAGAAAUGAUGGAUAGAGAUAAAGCAUUUAUACCAGAUCUUCAAGUACAGUUCAUUACAGAUAUAGUGGAACCACUUUUUAAUAAUCUGGCCAUGUUAUUUCCAAUGACACAACCACUCGUUAAAAUCUUAAAGUAUAAUAAAGCGUUGUGGGAAACUUCCAGAAAGGUAUUCAGAAAAUAUAUUGAAAAUGGAAUAGAAGGUAUGAAUGUUCUUUUGGAUCCAAAUUUUGAAACUGAAGUAUUUUAUAGUCAUUUUAAAGACAGUAAUGAAUGUGAAAGUGCAACAUGUAACUUUUAAAUAUAUUUAGAUACAUAUAUCAGUCUUGUAAAGAAUAAAUUCUAUAUAAAUCUUACAUAUUUAAAUCUAAAUAAAGUAACACAAAAUAUGAAA